AUGGCAAUCACCGCUCACUCUUUUCUUUCCUCCUCUAAUCUCUCCUUCGUUCCUCACCACACCUUCCACCACCGUCGCCGCCGUCACCACCUACCCCUAUCUCCGAUCAAAAUUUCCGCUCAGCUUUCUCUAACAACUCCUCCAUCACCAACUUUACAACCAAACCUCAACAAGACCGGAGUUAUCGUCGUCGGCGCCGGUCUAGCUGGCUUAGCCGCCGCUGUACGUCUCCAUUCCGAUAACAUUCCAUUCCUCCUUGUUGAAGCUUCUGAUGCCGUCGGAGGUCGUGUUCGCACCGACAAUGUCGAUGGUUUCCUCCUCGACCGCGGCUUCCAGAUCUUCAUCACCGGCUACCCUGAAGCCCGAAAAAUACUCGACUAUGAAUCCCUAGAUCUUCGAAAAUUCUACUCCGGAGCUAAGGUUUACUACGGCGGAGGCUUUCAUACCGUGGCUGAUCCCUUACGCCACCUGGCCGACGCUAUCCAAUCACUAACGAACCCAAUCGGAACAGUCGUUGACAAAUCUCUUAUCGCUUUGACUAGAAUUAGGGUUUUGACUCAAUCGGAUGAUCAAAUUUUCUCCGCCGAAGAGACCUCCACCAGUGAUUUGCUCAAACGAAUCGGAUUUUCUGAUUCGAUCGUUGAUAGAUUCUUCAGACCAUUUUUCGGUGGAAUUUUUUUUGACAGAGACCUUGAAACGACUUCGAGGCUGUUUGAUUUCAUCUUCAAGUGUUUAGCUCUCGGCGACAACACUCUUCCGGCCAAAGGAAUCUCUGCAAUUCCUGAACAACUUGCGGCAAAAUUGCCUUCCGAUUCGAUUAUUCUCAACACACCAGUAGCUUCCAUCGACAAGCAAGAAUCAGAAUCAAAAUCGGAAUCAACUUACACUGUGAGAUUGAAUAACGGUGAGGUCUUGAAUGCUGAUUACGGAGUGAUAGUUGCAGUUGAAGAACCCGAAGCCGUUAAGCUUUUGGCGGGAAAAUCAAAUGGUUUUCCUGCUCAGAUAAAAAAGCCAAUUCGAAGCACCGUCUGCUUGUAUUUCUCGGCCAAUCGAAGCGAAGUUCCGAUCCAAGAUCCAGUGCUGUUCAUCAAUGGAUCAGGUAAUGGCAUCGUGAACAACAUGUUCUUCGCAACGAAUGUGGCUCCUUCAUACGGCCCACCCGGCAAAGUCCUGGUGUCGGUUUCCCUUAUCGGGUUGCACGCGGACGCAUCUGAUGAGGACCUAAAGUCGAACGUGGUCGAGGAGCUUAGUAGCUGGUUCGGGAAAGAAGUGGUAGGGUCCUGGACCCACCUUAGAACUUAUCGCGUUAAAUUUGCGCAACCGAACCAAUGCCCCCCUACGGAUUUAAGGAAGAACCCAAAGGUCGAGCGAGGGUUGUACGUGUGUGGGGAUUAUCGAACAAGUGCUACGUUCGAUGGGGCUUUGGUAUCGGGAAGGAAGGCUGCUGAGGCUUUACUUAGAGAUCGAUCUUCGGUUCAAGCUUCAUAAGCAGUUCCUUUGUGCUUAAUGAAAAUACAUUUAUAAAGGAUCGUUGGUCUAGUGAUAUCUUCUUAACUUCUUUCGAGGUUAAGAGUACAAAGUUCACGUACAUAAAUAUUAUAUAAAAAACAAAAAGGGAUUGUAAAUUUUGAGUUUCAUCGAUAUAUCAAAGAUGAUUGUGGAUGGUUUUUGUA